AUGUCGGACAAGAAGAACGAGGAUUACGAGCUCCGCCCCGCCGAGUCAUUUGGAGAGAAGGAUGGCUUUCUUGCUCGGCCUCCUCCAAGGCCGCGUCCUGCUCUUGGAUCGCCAAUCAGCAAGAUUGACAACAGUCCCGGCGCGGCCAUUCUUGCCUACUGCUUCUCUUCCAUCAGCAUGACAGUCGUCAAUAAAUACGUUGUUUCCGGCCAGUUCUGGAACCUGAACUUUCUUUACCUUGCUGUCCAGUCCAUCGUGUGCAUUCUUACCAUCAUCGUCUGCAAGAACCUCGGAAUGAUUACGAACCUGGCGCCGUUCGACACUGACAAGGCAAAGAAAUGCAUCGGCCAAAGCUUACAACGCGCAGGGUUCCCUAUCGCACUCCUCCUGGUUGGCAUGAUUUACACGGGCACCAAGGCCUUGCAGUUUCUCUCUGUGCCAGUAUACACCAUCUUCAAGAACUUAACCAUCAUCGUCAUCGCGUACGGCGAGGUUUUGUGGUUCGGCGGCAGUGUCAGCCCUCUUGCCCUUCUCUCUUUUGGCCUGAUGGUCCUCAGCUCCGUUGUUGCCGCCUGGGCUGAUGUCCAACAUGCUCUUGGAGGUGGCUCGCAGUCUGCCGAAGCCUCUGCCGCCGUUUCGACCUUGAACGCCGGGUACGCGUGGAUGGGCAUGAACGUUUGCUGCACUGCGGCCUAUGUGCUGGGCAUGCGCAAAGUCAUCAAGAAGAUGAACUUCAAGGACUGGGAUACCAUGUUCUACAAUAACCUUUUGACGAUUCCUGUCCUGAUCGUUUGCACAUUCCUUGCCGAGGACUGGUCUUCGGCAAACAUCGAGAAGAACUUCCCCGUGGAGUCGCGCAACAGCCUGUUUGUCGGUAUGAUUUACUCAGGACUCUGCGCCAUCUUCAUCUCCUACUGCUCUGCAUGGUGCAUUCGUGUGACCUCGUCAACGACGUACUCUGUGGUUGGCGCACUCAACAAGCUUCCCAUCGCCAUCAGUGGUCUGGUCUUCUUCGACGCCCCUGUCACAUUUGGCAGUGUGUCGGCCAUUGUUGUUGGCUUCAUCAGCGGUAUUGUCUACGCAUGGGCAAGAAUUCGUCAGACAGAGGCUUCCAAGAUGUCAUUGCCGACGACACAACCCAUGAGCGCGAGCUCGCAAAGCAAUAGGGAUGCGAACAAGUAG